AAGUUUCUGUCGCUGUCGUCUUUAUUGGCGUCCCAGCGUGAUGUUCCGAGUGCAGAAAACUUUGCUCGCCGAGUUCGAGGAGAUCUACGAGCCAGUGCUGGUCGAGAACCCCUUCACCCUGGUGGAUAGCCGUGGCAUAGGACUGCGCCAGUACCAUGUUGCGCUUACCUCCAGCCGCAUUAUAUUUGGGUGUGACAACUUCUUCAAGCACGGACAGGCCGGCAGCGUGUCCAGCAGCUAUGGCAAUGGCCUCGAUCCGGAGAUCGAGUGCUUCGAGCUGGUCAGCCUCAUCCCGCUGAAGUUGAUUCGCUUCAAUUUCUACCGCUACCUUGAUCGCUGCCUUAUGAUGGUCAGUGUCAACAAACAUCUACAGCUGAUACCCCCGCUGUCGCAGGAGAGGCCGAUGAUCUUGGAGUUCGGGGGAUACAUCUUCAAGUCGUACUUCUGGCGCACCUGGCGAGAGAGGGUAUCCACCAUUCGGGUGAUGCAGCCUCUCUACAGCCAGAUCACUGGCCACUCCCCCUUUUCCAGCACGGACGUCGUGGUAGACGACGAGGAGACCGUUGCUCUGAUCCAUAAGGCGCCCAGGACCCCAUCAGUCAUGAGCAGGUGCCAGGCCGGGUCCUGAGCUCCUGUCUGGACCAAAGUCGUAAGAAGCUUUUGCAAAGCCUCACAUCAUUCCUUCAUUCACUGACCAGACUUUUUGCGCCUUAAAUUUAUGUUUGUCCCCUUGCCAAUUUAUUUAUUUAUUUUAAAUAGUAAAAC